AUGCUGAGAUUCCCAGAGGAGGGACCAAGGGCAAGAGCAGGGGUGUGGCCGCAGGACCUGGACUCAGUGGACCACGGCAGCAGCAAGCAACAGUGUGAGCACAGACACUUCCUGCCCAGGGAUCUCCUGGCCCAUAAAUACCCAUCGUUCCAGGAGGUGCACAUCCCAGCCCUGGUGGCCCAGGCAGCUGAGACCUGCAUUGACAGGGCCACUCACGGCAAUGAGACAGCUAGCGCCUACCUGGCCUGGCACUGGCUGCGGGUCCCAGGGGAGGUGCAGAGACUCAGCUUCUCCACCAUGCCUGUGCUGCUGGCCAACCCGGUGGCCUCAGCCGCCUGCUGCCGCUACGUGGGCCAUGACCUCAGUCAUGCCUUCACCGGGUCCUUCCUAAAUGCCAGGGCCAACGCGGAUGACCCACACGAGGUGUCAAGGGCCAGAGACCUGAACCAGCUGCUGGGGCCCAAGGCCUCGGGCCGGCCUUCACUUAUCCCAGACCUUCACAACACCAUGGCCUCACCUGGAAGACACAGAGCCAGUUGGCAUCUCAGCAGACACCCUGUUGCUUUGAUCGAGGAAGUGAAGGAGCAAGUGGGCAGGGCCAUAAAGUUCGAGCCGCUGCGGCCUGGCGCACCCAUCUUCCAGAUGUUCAGCGGUGAGGACGUGCUCUAUGGGGGGGAGUCCACCAUGGACCCUGUGUUCAUUAACGAGCUUGCCUACUACAAGGAGGGCAUUGCCUUCCUCCAGACUGAGAAGCUCACGUUCUCCGUGCCUGCCCUGCCCGCACUGGCCUCCACCCCGCCAGGGUCCCUGAUCCAGGCACACCUGCCCGGCAUCAGCCCUCCCUUCUGA